CAGCAGCAGCAGCAGCAGCAGUAACAGCAGCAGUAACAGCAGCAGCCGCGUCCGCGGCCGGAGGAGCAGCAGCAGCUGCUGUGGGAGCCGGGGGAGCAGCAGCAACAGCAGCAGUGCAGCCGCCCCCCGGGGAUGUCGCUUGUGUGGGUCCUGAGCAGCUCCCCUUGAGCUGCAGCCGUCUGGUCCCUGAGGCGGAGCAGCACUGAACAGGAGCGGGUGCCCGCGGAAGAGGAGGAGGAGGAGAAGGAGGAGGACGGGGGGGACAGGCCGGCUCCCUCCCCCGGGCCGGCCGCCGGGGUUGUGGAUGCCUAGGGGCCCCGGGGCGUAGCUGGGCGCUCGCCCUCUUCCCCCUUUCCUCCUUGGCAUCCCCGGCCCCGCCAUGGGCUGCUGCAACUCCACCUCCGCAGCACAGAGCUCCAAACGAGAAUGGAAACCUCUGGAGGAUCGAAGCUGUACAGAUUUACCAUGGCUACUGCUCUUCAUCCUCUUCUGCCUUGGGAUGGGAUUUAUUUGUGGCUUUUCAAUAGCAACAGGUGCAGCAGCAAGACUAGUGUCAGGAUACGACAGCUAUGGAAAUAUAUGUGGGCAGAAAAAUGCAAAAGUGGAAAGAAUACCUAACAGUGGCAUCGACCACACCCAUCGGAAGUAUGUGUUCUUUUUGGAUCCAUGCAAUGUGGACUUGGUAAAACGGAAGAUCAAGUCUAUUGCUCUGUGUGUAGCAGCAUGUCCAAGGCAUGAACUGAAAACAAUAUAUGAAGUACAGAAGUUUGCAGAAAAGAAUGGCUCUGCUUUAUGUACCUACAACUUAAAGCCAUCAGAAUACAGUACACAUUCAAAAGCCUCUGUUCUGUGCCCUAAACUCCCAGUUCCUGAGAGUGCACCUAUUCCAUUCUUCCAUCGCUGUGCUCCUGUGAACAUUUCCUGCUAUGCCAAGUUUGCAGAGGCCCUGAUCACCUUUGUCAAUGACAAUAGUGUCUUACACAGGCUGAUUAGUGGAGUAAUGACCAGCAAAGAAAUUAUAUUGGGACUUUGCUUGUUAUCACUAGUUCUAUCCAUGAUUUUGAUGGUGAUAAUUAGGUACAUAUCCAGAGUACUUGUAUGGAUCUUAACAAUUCUGAUCAUACUGGGUUCACUUGGUGGCACAGGUGUGCUGUGGUGGCUGUAUGCUAAGCAAAGAAAAUCUCCCAAAGAAACUGUUAUUCCAGAACAGCUUCAAAUAGCUGAAGACAAUCUCCAGGCCCUCCUCAUCUAUGCCAUUUCAGCUACAGUGUUUACAGUGAUCUUGUUCUUGAUCAUGUUAGUAAUGCGCAAGCGUGUUGCCCUCACCAUUGCCUUGUUCCAUGUGGCUGGCAAAGUCUUCAUUCACUUGCCACUCCUUGUCUUCCAACCAUUUUGGACCUUUCUUGCCCUUCUUCUAUUUUGGAUGUACUGGAUCAUGACUCUGCUUUUUCUUGGCACUCUAGGUACUGCUAUUCCUAGUGGUGAAUUUGUGGAAUUUGAAGUUUCUGGCCCUCUGCAAUACAUGUGGUGGUACCAUGUGGUGGGGCUGGUCUGGAUAAGUGAAUUCAUUCUAGCCUGUCAGCAGAUGACUGUGGCAGGAGCUGUAGUAACAUAUUAUUUUACAAGAGAUAAAAGGAAUCUGCCAUAUACUCCCAUUUUGGCGUCAGUGAACCGGCUUAUCCGCUACCACCUUGGUACUGUGGCAAAAGGAUCUUUCAUUAUUACUUUAGUGAAAAUCCCACGAAUGAUCCUCAUGUACAUUCAUAACCAGCUUAAAGGAAAGGAAAAUGCCUGUGCUCGAUGUAUGCUGAAAUCUUGCAUCUGUUGCCUCUGGUGUCUUGAAAAGUGCCUAAAUUAUUUAAAUCAGAAUGCAUACACAGCCACAGCUAUCAACAGUACCAACUUCUGCACCUCAGCAAAGGAUGCCUUUGUAAUUCUAGUGGAAAAUGCUUUGAGAGUGGCUACUAUCAACACAGUGGGAGAUUUUAUGUUAUUCCUAGGCAAGAUCCUGAUAGUCUGCUGCACAGCAUUAGCGGGGAUUAUGCUGCUAAACUACCAGCAGGAUUACACAGUAUGGGUACUGCCAUUGGUCAUUGUUUGCCUCUUUGCUUUCCUGGUUGCUCACUGCUUCCUGUCCAUUUAUGAAAUGGUUGUGGAUGUAUUGUUCUUAUGCUUUGCCAUCGAUACCAAGUACAACGAUGGAAGUCCUGGCAGAGAAUUCUACAUGGAUAAAGUGCUGAUGGAAUUUGUGGAGAACAGUAGAAAAUCCAUGAAAGAGGCUGGUAAGGGAGGGGCUGCAGAUUCCAGAGAGCUAAAACCGAUGGCUUCGGGAGCAAGUUCAGCUUGAAUCUAGCCGACCAUUACGGAACCCAUUGACAUUCCAAAACCAUAUAUAUACAUAUAUAUGUAUGUGUGUAUGUGUGUAUAUAUAUAUAUGUAUAUGUAUACAUAAUCAGCCAAAAUCAGAGAAAAGGAACAGGGAUUUCAUACUUUUUUUAAGAUUAUUUUUGUCAAACAUGUACUCCUUUCAUACGGGUGGCUUUUAUGGGCAAUUUUAGUCAUUUCGUUUUUUCAAUAGUAAUUGUAUUAAUGGAAAUGUUAAGAUUCAUAUCUGAUGAAGGUUUUUAAUAACUUAGAGGAGGAUUUAGCUAUAGUUAUUUUAAGUGAAAAUAUUCGACCAAAUUCUUUGUCCAAAAUACUAAAAUUUGUUAAUGGGGUCAAAUUCUCCAAGGAAUUCAUUAUAUCCAGAGUGUGUUUUAUUGAUCCAUAAGCCCAGAUAAAUGGGACAGACUAAUUGGGCAUAUGUAUUUUCCAGAAAGUAAUUAAAUUAAUUUAAAUCCUUGCCUUUAAACAGCUUCUCUAUACAAGGAAGUCAUGAGAUUGGAUGGCAUUUUACAUACAAAUGGGCCCAGAAUGGAUUUCCAUUCUAAUUCAUGAAUCAAUUAGCUAUCAUUAAAAAGUAAGCAGAUCCUCAGGUAUUUUUAGGUGGCCCUUAAAACUUAUAUCAAAGGGAAUAGCAAAAGGAAUAGAUAUUUUCUGAUGUAAACCUUUUUUUUUUGUAUCACUUUUUCCUUUUCUUUUUGAUUUCAGUAGCUUCCUCUGUACUUCUGUACCCUGGUUUUGAAGGGCAAAUGUUCCACAAACAAACAGCUGAGCAAACUGCCAACUCUGAAAGUUGAGCAUUUAAAUUUCUGUAUCUUGGUUUUGCCGACUUAAUCAUGCUGGUAGAAAGAAAACAGGGACAGAAAUAUAUCACACAAAAAUUACUUAAAGCUUUUGUGACUUUGAGUCAGUUCUAGGAAAUAUCCAUUGACUUCAGGAUAAAUGGCCAUUUAUUUCAUUGCCUGUGAUCAAGUGUGUAAACUACAUCAACCCAGCCUGGCAGGUGCUUCUCACUAUGAAAAUCACGGAGUAUCCAGUGAUACAGUGACUACAAAAGAACUGGUUCAUGUUUUGUUUUUCAAAUGUUGAAAGUUUCUUUGGUUUUAUUUCACCUCUUGAAGCUUACCAGAUAUGAAUGGCUAAUAUUCCAUUGUUCUGCUUGUUGUAAUGGUGAAUGCUUUAAAACAAAGUGUAUUUGCUAAGAAUAAUUCAUGAUCUCUUUAUGCGAUAACUCCUUUUUGUUACAAUUUUUUUAAAAAAGCUAUUUUUGUUAAUGUAAAGUAAAUAUUUCAGAGCAGAAUUUUUAAACUUAUUGCACUAAAUACAGGCUCUGUAAGAAAAAUAACGCCUCAGCAUUUUAUCAUUCCAUAGAAAGAAUCUUUUGAAAGAAAGCAUGCCUUCCUAUCAAGCUUAGACAAUGGAUUAGAGUGGUUUGUAUGAAUGUAUGUACUGUUAAUGUCACCAGGACUUCAUAAGCAGCUGUUUGCUAAUGUGCUUCCUUUCAAAGGAUUGGACCUUUAAAUUGCUACAGAAGGUAAAUUGUAUUUUUUUUAAUGAGCUUGUGCUCUUUACUCAAGGUAAGCUAGCCAAAUGCCUUGAUUUUAUUUUUAAAGCUCAAGCAACAUUUCUGAUUUUUUCAGAAUCUUAGUAAUAAGAAUCUGAAUUUUAAAACUACAAUUCAGAGCUCAUGUAUUGAAAGGAUCAGGAGAAACUAACUGUGAGAAUAACUGGUUGAAGACAGUAAUUCUCCAGAAGUUAACUUCCACAAUUUAAACAAUAGCAUUCUUUUCUAUAUGCAAUAUGGUAUAGUGGAAAGAGCACUAGAUUUAAAACCAGAAGACCGGGGUUCAAAUCCCAGCUUAACUACAGAUGACUUAUAUGACUAUGGACAAGUCAUUUAGCCUCUCUGGGCCUCAGUUACCUCAGUUUUAAAAUGAGGAUGUUGAACUAAAUUAUCUCCAAGAUCCUUUCCUGCUUUAAAUCCUAUAACCCAAUAAUUUGAAAUGGCAAGAAUAUAAUCAUGGAACUAGCCAAAUUCUAGUUCAGACUGAUGCAAAGGAAAACUCAAAUGUUCUUUUUGAAUGUAGAAUGACAUCAAUUCCAUAGCAGUCCCAGAUUUUUGACAAUUCUGAAACAUUGGCGACCAAAUUAAGGAUUGGAAUUAAAGUAUGGAAGAUUGAGUACCAAAAUUGGAAGUGAUUACAAGCUGUAAGCAUUUCAGGUGGUAUCACCACUCCCCACCUCUCCCCCACCCUCAUUGCCUGAUGGAAGUCCAGGAUUUGAAGGUCUUAGGUUCUACUCACUUGGACAUCCUGACAUCAUGGAUUCUUGCUGCUCCCUGUUCCAUAUGCUUGCAACCUGUGCUGUAUGGAAGCCACCAGAAAUGCUUUCGUAAUAUCAUUUGCAACUAGAACUGUAAUCAGAAAGAAAUUUUGUAUUUUUGUAUAACUUGACUGUGUGCCGUUUUAUAUGACAGGCCCUGUUUUACAAAUAAAUUUUGUUUUACUAACACUGUGUUUAGAGAUUAUGGUCAACGCUUUUCUAUGGUUAAAUGUCAUGUUGAAGUCAGAAAUUAAUGCCAAGGUAGUCGCCCUUAAUAAAGCAGUGUGUACAUUUGUGUGCAUAUAUAGAAUAUAUAUGUAUGUUUAUAUAUAUAUAUUUUUAUAUAUAGGUUCAGAUAUAUAUGUAUAUAUCACACAGUCACACACACAGAUAUAUGAUUAAAUUGCUAGUUUGUUUUUCCACUUCCAUACCAAUUCCAUUUGUUGCCUAAUCAGAACAAAGCCUCAGAUGACUCUUCCUAGCAAUAUAUAAAUGUUUUGAGUUGAUGCUUUGUAUAAAAUAACACUGCUGUCUUUCAUUCAUUGCAAAUCAUCCUACAAUUAGAUAUAGACUGCCUUCUUGCUGUCCACCUAUUGCCUCCAUCUCUUGACCAAGUGAGAAGAAUAAGAUAGAUUGAAAAUGAAAAUUGUCUUUAAAAUAUGGUUUCCCAAGCAGCUUUAGCUAUCCUGUGUUCAGCACAAUGACUUUUAUCUGCCUGCAAAAUGGAACUUCAAAACUCCCUCCAUGAUGGAUCUUCUUGGAGGGAGAUUCUCAGAACAUGGCCAGUGUUCUAAAUAAAUUCUGCCAGUGUUAGAGAAUUGACACCAUUUCUGCCAAAUCGUCACCAGGGCUCUUGUGUGAGAUUAUAAUGUUUCCAAAUUCAUUGUUUUGCUACUUAAGUAAUUUCAGGUAAAAGAAACUGCAGGAAGGAAAGGAAUCUGCCUUAUAGGGUAGCCCAGGCAUUUAGGCUUACUAAUCCUUGCCAGAAUAUGGAGAAUUCAAAGCAGAUUACCUCUUUAAACAAUUUAGUCCACUUUAAAGGAGCUAAGAUUAAGGUUUUGAUCUUGCUCUCAGUUUCAUCAAGUCUGGAGUCUCUUGAGCUUAAAAUGGGAGUUACUCUUUAAGGGUUUUCCAAUAUCUGAGCUGGAUGAAACUUGUAGAAGCUCUCUACUACUCCCACCUCAAUUCUCUUUACAAGAAAAAAUAGACUGGAAAUAAAUGGUUAAUCUUUGGAAAAGCUCUCACUAUUAUAUUUUUUUUCAGCAAAGGGGCAUCAAGCAGCUGAGUGUAAGCUCUCCUCUGCCCCUCUGAUCUCAGCAUCUGCCAAGGGCAUCCUUGCCUUCCCAGGGCAGUGAUUCAGGAUCUCACCUGGACAGUGGGGUUGGUGAGGAUUUAAACCCCUUCCUUUGUCCUGAGCUAUUUUAUCUCCAGAAUGACACCACUCCCUCUUCCUCAAAGCAGCUACCAUCACUCACCACGUGUAUCCAAGGACAUGUCACCACCUCUGAGACUUCAGCCUUUGUUCCACAACUAGCCGCUAAGUUCAUGAUCAAAAUAGCCCAAGAUGCAUCCCUGCUUCGAAUAUAUAUUUCUGAGGUCAGUUCCAAACCUGGGGUUGCCAAUUAUAAUUUUUAUUCUAUAUCAGAGAUUACCAUGGGGAAAGAUUGGCUUGUUUUGGCAUCUAGAAUGAACUUUUAAUAAAAGUGGAUCAGGAAGUUCUCUUUGACCAUUUUGACCAAGGUGAUAACCAAAAUGCUGAAUAUAUAUAUAUGUAUAUAUAUCAUAUACAUAUUUAUACAUAUAUAUACAUGUAUAAAUAUAUAAAAACCUUCUGCAGUUGUUCCCCCACUCCCUUUACUCUUCAUUUUUAGAGCCCUUUCUCUAGGGACAAAACCCAACAGUUUCAGAGAGCAAGGCUCCCUCGAUUGAAAUAGUCUUUUGUCCAAAAGGGCUCAGGAUUUACCCUGGAAUAAGCCUCUGCUCUCCAACUGCUAGUUCUCCCCUGCUAUCAGUGGUCCUCGUCGUCCUUUCUCAGUCUAUUCCCAGUAGGGCAUGUCAGGCAGAAAAACCUUAGACUCCGAUAUCUUGUCACUAUGCCUGCUGCAGUUAAUUUGUAGAUUCUUUUUUUAUGUUCACACUGAGAAACUGUUAUGAUUCACUUGGAGUUUUUCAGAUGUGUUCUGUGAAUGUUUAUUGGCAUAUUGUGGAUCCAUAAUACUGAAUGAGUAUGGCAGAGGUUUGUGUGUUUUUUCAUAGCAUAAAGCGCCUUUUGCAUUGAAUGCAUAUGAAUGUAUUUUUGUGUAUUUAGAGAAUGCAUGUUAAUCUUUUCAGAAGUAGUUACUGUUCAUAUACAGUCACUGCUUUUUGAAUCAACCAUUUCUUGUUUAAUGGGACCGAGCCCACAUUUUGAAAAAGCAGUUUGAUGGGGUUCAUUUUACAAAUGGGAUCUCUCUGAGUGUGCCAAAAGACACUGUAAAGCUAGCCGACUUGGGGGAAAGGGAACAAAACAUGUUGUAUACUCUUAUUACUUAAAAAAAAAUCAAAAAUAUAGUAGGUUUCUGGGCCAAAUUGUAACAUUUCUGUGUUUCAGGAAGGGGGAGAUUUACAUCUCAGAUUUUAAUCUUUGAAAAUACCCCAUGUCUUAUAGAAAACUUGAAUGAAAGUUUUUAAAACAAAAAAUUUCCAUGCGAAGCUGUUAUUUUCUAAGGAAACUAUAUGUCCCUCUUUCUGCCUAUACCAUACCUGUGGUUUUUAUAUUUUAAAAAAACAAAAAACUUUCCAGAGCUUUUCUGGCAUGAACAAUGGUCACUUUUUGUAAGCUACAUGGAAAGGAUUUCAAUUUGACAUUUUCUAUGAUAUUUCAUUAGUAAAUAUAACAAACUAUUACUUUAAAAAAAAACAAAAAAGGUACCCGAGUGUUUAGCUAACUUUCCCCUGCAAUUUUGAUAUAUAAUUUUACCAAAUGGUAUUUCCCAAAGGGUAAGCUACUCUGACCAGGGGACUCAAUUAAACUUUUAAAAGAAAGUGUCCAAGUUCACAGAUGACCUAACCAGGACCUGUAUGCAGGUGAAAGGAUUAUAGUUUGCAAAUGUUUCAGUUAUUUUUCACCUUUACCCGACAAGACCUGAAUUCGGUGUUUUGGCUUCUAGCAGACUUUUUGGCAGUUUUUCUUCAACAAUACACAUAUAGGGCCACCACUUACUAACCUUACCAGUUAGCCUGUUUUUAAAUUUACCCUUAACCCAAGUGGUGAUGCAAAUUGGAGACCAUGGCUCUUGUUGUCUAGAGUCAUUCUUCUCUGAUCGCUAUUUCUAGCUAACUUCCUGCCAGCCUAGGAAAUACAGGCAUCAUGGAUUUAACCAGUAAAUAUCUUUUGAACCACUGACAAAGGUUAGUUCUGAUUGUUAGGGAUAUUCAGGUUUUCUUUGGUCAGUUCAGAUGGUUGGUUGGAAAAUAAAAAUUGUGUAAUAGUGGCUACUGGGUUUAGAAAGAAAAAAAUCCAAGGAAAAGUAGUUGUAAUCCAUUUUACUAAAGUCCUUAUUGCUACUUAACCUACCAGCAUGCCUUCUCUGUCUUUAUUCUAAUUUGUGAAUGAGAGGCCACUUAGAAAUCUUGUCCCACUGCCCUCAGUAUAUUGUCUUUUCCCCCUUAAAUUAAACUGGCAUCUGAUCAAUUUAGGAUGAGGACCUAACUAGCAAACAAAUUUAGUGAAGAAAAAAAAUUUAAGUGAUUAUAUGUGUUGGGGGAAGAAACUAAAGACAAUGAGUUUUCCUACUUAAGUUUUCCUGCUUUACUAAGAAUUUCUACUAUUUCUACACCUACCUCAGUGGAACCUCUCUAAGCCAAUGUGCUAUUGGGAGUGCCUGGGGAUUUUUCCACAUUAGCAACUUCUUACUACAUAACAGUUCUAGACCUUCAGCACAGAGGGUCAUUUUGUCUGAUAAAAGUGGGCAAAACUCCCAAGAACUUUAUAGUUCUUUAAAGAGGAUCCUAGGAUCAUAAUUUGAACUUGGACAUCAGCUGUAAUAAUCCAAUACAGCAUCUGAAGGAGGAGCCAAGUAGUUAAAAAUCUAGGAUUUUCUCAUCUAUCAAUAAUCCCUGGGUAGGUGCUAGUAUUAAAAAAAAAGAAGAAGAAAAAAAAAAGGUCAGGCUAUCCCCGGAAAUACUACCAAUGAGACCUUUUCAAAUUAGUCUGUGCAGAGGCAGGUAAUGUACACUUUAAAACUUCUUAUGUAAAAUAUUAAGGAAGGGCCAGAGUCCAGGAGUAGGUUCCUGAACCUAAAAAUGGCUGUUGUUAGUGAAAUUUAUGGCAUAAGAGGCAUGUUCUGCUCCAUAUUAUAAGACAGUGUAACUUACCCACUUUUAGGAAGGGUUUUUUAGGGGUGGGGAUGAAUUUAUGUUGAUCCACCCACAUUCAUGUCCCCAGCUGGUCCCACUCAUUCCUUUAAUUCAACAGAUGUAUGUAUGCUAUAAUUCAAGGUAUUAGCAAGAAGGCGGGGGUAAGAAUACUGCAUUUUGAUAGCUUAUGAAAAUCUAGAUAAUGGGAACCAAAUCUCUGGUUGUCUUCUUAUGCAGAUACUGCAGUCAUGUAAGCCACUGUCCCUAUUAUGAGACAAGUGGGACAGGCACUAACUCAUUCCAGGUGCUAUUCUAACUGACAACUUUAUCAUUUACUUAGAGAUACAGUGUCACUUUUUCAUAUUUGUGAGUCUUAGUGAACCAAGGGAAGGCCCUUUGAUUUUCUUCAGGAUUCUAUUAGACAUAUUCCAUAGCAGUGUGAUGAUUUUAUAUACAUAUAUGAGACAACUUCUGGGGUUACUAUUUGGGGACAAAAAACAUUAAUUAAAUCUAACUCAUUUUCAUGAUUAUAGUGACCUUCACACCAAACAACUUCUCUUCAAUAAAUACAAGAGAAACUGCUGUACAUCUGCCUUUCCCUCCCCCACUCCAUACCUUUGUGCUUAGAACGCUCUUUAAUCCCUAUUUCCUUAUAUCAAACCAUUUGUUUAAUGCUCUGCUCCCAAAAUAAGUUAUGACUGGGAGGUAACUGCUAAUCUGUUUCUCUUUUCUUUGUGUGACAGUGUUAAAAUCACAAAAUUCAGGCUCUUUUCUUGUGGUUCUCCCCCUGCUAUAUAAGCAUCAUAAGAAAAAGUUUUCAAACACUCAUAACUCGCAUUUUCUUGGCUUAUCAGAUACAGGCACAACACUGCAUACCAUUGGAGUGGCUUUACUGUGGCUAAACUGAUUGAUGGGCAACAGUCUUUGAGCAAAAAACCUUUUUCCUUUAAAUUAAAAAAAAAAAUAAAGAUUGUGAAAGGGAAGAUCCCUGCCAAAGAAACAAGGUUGCUCUGGAAAACCACCAAACGGUUGUAUUCACUUCAAUAAUAACCAAAAAGGAAAGUGAAACGGAGUUAUUGGAGUCUUUCAGAGCAUCUUGAAUUUUGGAAAGUGCUUCCCAAAGAAACAGUGGGUCGUUUAACCACUGUAAGGCAUGAUGUUUUUAGAGAGUAAAACCCCAUGGUAGUGCUGUCCUGCCAAAGCACCCUAUAAUGUUUGCUAGGAUUUCUCAUUCCUGUGAAGCAACCAGAGAAAUGUGUUUGCUGCCCUGUGGUUCUGCUCAAUUUAAAAGAGGCAGCAGAACAUAGGAGAAAGAACACUGGACUUAGAAGUCAGUGUUCACAUCUUUCCUCUGAUGCUUGUUUUGCUGGGUGACUGUGGGCAAGUCACUUCACUGCUGAGCCUCGGUUUCCUCAUCUGUAAAAUGGGGAUAAAAUCUUCAGUACCUACCUCACAGGGUUGUUGUGAGGACCGAGUGAGAUAAUGUAUGUAAAGCGCUUUGCAAACUUUAAGCGCUAUAUAAAUAGCAGUUAUUAUUAAUACCUUGGAAAAAAAGUAGAUGUGUCUUACGGACUCGAGCGAGUCUGGACCAUUUCAUAUCCUAAAAUUAAUUUUGUGCAUCAGGUCCUGUCUCUCUCUCUUAUGGACUCGGAUAAGAUGGUUUGAGCCCAUGUCAAAUACUAUAGUUUGGUAUCUUUCUUAAUUUAGUAGUUUGGGGAUUGUUACUGACUACGGCUUAACUACAUGGUGUUGGCCCAGUGGGGAAGUCAAGCAUAUGAUCGGAAACGCCCCCAAAGAAGGUAUUAUUAUCGACCCACUGCAGACUUUUCAGAUGGAGCACCCAUGCUUCCAAAGGACUUUCAAAAUGUGUUUAUUAAGCAAUUAACUUUGUGGAGUUAUAGAAUCUUGCUGGUAAACUUGCUGCCAAGAGCUCUAACUUGGAUGGAAUUCCAUCUGGCUUGAGAGAGAAACACGAUAACGUGAUGGAGAAUUUGAAAUGUUUUGUUGUGCAAAACUAUAAAUGGGGGAAGGGGGAAAUAAUACCAGUGCUGAUCUAAUGAUAGGUUGUCUAUAUAUACUGACUCAGUUUCCAGAAUUCUAAUGCAAACUGUAUUUUAGUCUAACAAAUGUAUAGAAUUUUUUAUGUAACAAAUAAAAUUUUAUAGGAAAGUG